AUGCUUUUUCAGGUGUCCGACAUCGCUAAAUAUGCUGAUUCGGUGAUGAUGUGCUUUUCAAAAGGUCUCGGUGCACCCGUCGGUUCUAUACUCGUUGGAUCAAAGAGCAUUUAUCGACAAGGCACGGCGGAGUCGAAAGGUUUUCUACACUUUUCUUCUCCGAAACAUGCUGUGGGUGGUGGUUGGCGACAAGCUGGGGUACUGGCGGCCGCGGCCCAUGUGGCUCUUGACAACGCCGAGACGACCAUUAGAAGGGAUCAUGCCAACGCACAGAAACUUGUUUCUGGUAUCAAUGCUAUAACACCGGAUGAACUCAAAAAGACAAUCCAAGCUUCAGAUGUCGGAAUCACGAACAUGGUUAUAUUGAAAUGUAGCAACGGAGUAUCCCCAGCACAAGUACAAAAGUUCUUCGAAAGCCGUGGAGUGCUGAUGAUGACUUUUGAUGCGACGCGAGUACGUAUUGUUCUGAACUGGGGUGUUACCGAAGAAGAUGUGGAAAAGGUGCUAGACCACUACAAAGAUUUCAUUAAUUCGUUGAGCAAGUCUUAG